GUACUUCGUUAUUUUUAUUGACAAAUAAUGCAGCAGGAUUUUCCUAAAAACGUCCACGAGUGCGAGUUGACCUCGAAGUCAGAUCUCGCGCUUCCCAGCUUCUUACCACCUUUCGUUAGAUCUUUCAGCUGGUUUUUCAAAUGGAGAUUGUGGUGUUUGAUGAGUCAUCGACAUCCAAUCGCGAGCGAGUGGGCUGACAGUUUGGCAGCUGUCAGGAGAGAAAGGCGGAGGCAGUGUCAAUUGUCAGACUGGUGGAUCAUCCAUCCGUUUAGUCCUGUCAGAUUCGUGUGGGAAAUCUUGAUGACUCUUGUUUACGCCGUUGCUUUUAUUACCGUUCCUUUUAUGAUCAGUUUUAUUGUCCUGGAUUAUGAAGUGAUUCGUAUCGAUACCGUAAAUCCUGUGAUUUACGUAUUUUUCUGGUUGGAUAUAAUUUUCAACUGUUUCACCGGGGUUCCAUCCAAUGGACAGAAGAUCAUAAAUCUUCGACAAUCAAAAAAAAUAUCUCAAAGGAUUUCUUCUUAUCGAUAUUCUGACGUCUCUUCCCUACGAUCGUAUCACUUACAAAUGGAGAAAAACUCCUGGCAGGAACUCCUCCAUAGUGGUGGCUCUCAUAAAUCUCAUACCGUUUCUAAAAAUAUUUCGUUACGUUACUUUCAACUCUUACGUCUUUCAGCUUUUCGUGGUUUUUCACAGCACUUACAGAUAAAAGAAUCGACUCACCAGAUGGUCAGCAUCUUCGUCCUUUCGCUGUACGUCAUUCACUGGUUUGCUUGCCUCUGUUACGUCACACCAGUUCUCAUCAUGUACGUCCUACGAAUCACUGCUGAAGAAUGUGAGGAUUGUUGGGUGUCCAAUGUACCAAAGGAAGAAAUCCCUGCAAGAUAUCGUCAUGCCCUCUUUAUCGUGAUACAAAAUUUUGUUGCCAGUGGUUUCGGUGGUAUAGAGCCCAGGACUCAAGGUCACACGAUCAUUUGCACGAUUCUUAUGGUUCUAGGACGUAUUUUCGAGGCUUACGUCAUUGGUAUGUUUCUGCAAAUUCGAGCCGUCAGCAAAGCAGCUGAAUCCAAAUACCAAGAAAUCAUGAAUCAGUUGACCGCUUACACGAGGCAGAAACAACUGCCUCCGUACAUGAAGAGACGACUGUUUUCUUAUUAUCAGCAUCGAUACAGAAACAGUUACUUCCGGGAGAAAAAUAUAUUGAGUGGUCUCUCUGAACAACUGAGACAAGAAAUUUUGUUACAUUCCGGAAGGCGAUUGGUCGAGAACGUCGCAGUUUUCAGGAGUCUUCCAAAAGACGUGCUCGUGUCAAUAGUUGCGCACUUGAAGUUCGAAUUGUAUCUGCCGAAUGACGUCAUAGUAAAAGCCGGGACGCAGGGUGACUGCAUGUUUUUUUUGGCUAAUGGGACUGUCGCUGUUCUCACGCCUACUGGCAAGGAGGUUUGCCAUUUGGACGACGGUGCUCAUUUCGGCGAGGUAGCGCUUUUGGUACAAGACCAGCGAAGAGUAGCGAGUGUUCUAGCGAUCGAAGUCUGCGAAGUGUACCGUCUCGAUCGUAAAGAUUUUCGCAAAUGUAUUGCAGUGCAAAGUGAUUUGUACGAUAAAAUCGAGCGUAUAGCAACAGAAAGAAUGCAACGAACGGCGAUGAUCGAGGAGCAGCACAAACGUUUUUUGAUGAACGCUAAUCGCGCCGCGAGACUCAGUACGAGAAAACAUUACAAUUGAUGAUGUGAUGUAACUGAUGGAACCGUAACUAAUUUACGUUUUAUUAAUAACGAUCUAAUUAAUUUGUCAUAUAGCGUUGAUAAUAAAUAAAACACACUUUAUUAGUAGCGCCUAAUCGAAUGUGACGACGGAGAAUGGGUGGAUUAAUAAAAAUCUUCAAAUCUCAUCGAGAUUUCGU